AGCCAGUCACAGCAUCUCUCCUUCUCACUGCACCAGGGCUGAGAUAGUCUUCGUCCCUUUGCUUCCCCCGCUGCAGAUUUUACUCAUUUCCAUCAGCGCAGUCAUCUUUUUUUUCUCCUGCUUUUUUACUUGCUUUUGACAGAUGCAUUGCUUUCAUCUCUUUCUGUGUGCCAAGAUCUGAGGAUUUAUCUGCUAACAACAUGGGUUGCCCUGUUUAACGGAAUUAAAAAGGCGGACGCUUGCAGAGGACAGUGCUUAAGACUGGGACUCCAACCGAGACUUGUUCUUUUCUUUAUGUUGCUUGAGUGGAUUCCCCUUUUGUUGCAAUGCCGGUAUUUUGUACAAGGCAACAGACACACUGAGAGAGGAGUUUAAAGCAAGGCUGUACUUAGCGUCAAUAGAUAAUACUUGAAUUGACUAAUUCCAGUUAGAAAGUCUAUGAUGGCAUCAGGCACUUGAGGAGAAGUUGCUAAAACUGUUCCUGCGGAUUCUUCAGAAGGUCACAGCAAAAAUGCUAAUGAGUUGAUGGGAUAAAUAAGUGGAUUGCUGAAUGAUCCCCACACCCCUCUCUGCAAGCGUCUGCCACAGGAUUGCUGAGGAGCCAAAGUGAGUGGAGCGCUGAGUUAUUCAGCCGGCCUCUUAUUGCUCCUGGAGAGUCCUUUCACCUGCCUCCACGGAACUCAGACAUUCAACGCUUUCAUCAACUACUGGCCUUUUACAUUUGUUUAUCUUUUGCAAAUUGCAGUCCAGAACACUGAGAGGCAAGUUUGCACAUUUGGAUUUAAACUGCACAUCACUUUAAAGGCAGUACUCAUCCAGACAUUUUGAUGCGCUUGGUUGUAACCUUAUUCUGCCUGAGGAUGCCUUGUAAACACAUUUUCCUCCCAGCGCCAUGUGUGUUGAGAGAGCUGUGACAUUAUCUCCUGCGGAGAUCCCCUUGUUGUUCUAGCCUGUGUCUGUGUUUUGAUUCAGACAAUAGCUGGACAUUCAUGGGCUCCAGACACUGACCAGCGGACCACCAAAAUAAGGGAAGCCUGCUUUAACAUAGUAAACACACGAGCACAUUGAAACUUUGGAUGUAAGAGAUGGAUGUAAUCAACACCAAGAGAGACUCUCCGAAGUAGCUUUUUCUCUCCCCAGGAAAUAGUUGCUUAAAUGUAUUUUUUGAAAGGUAUCUCCACACUGUAAAUUUGAGCUGAUAUUCUCCUCCCCCGAAUCUUCUGUGUUCUCUGCCCUUGUGAGGACAGUUUAUGCUGUGAAUCUCCCGAUGGCAACCCUCAUUAAAAUCAGGAGAUGGGGCCACUGACUGGCAGGCAAAGCAGCCGGGAAACUCGCCUUUGGGAUAGAUGCUGGCCACAGCACAAUCGCUACUCUGCCUUAGGUUUACUGAAGGAAUACAGCUUUUUUUCCCCUCUCACUCCUGACUGUUACCCAACCACUACUUUCCCUAACCAUGAGUGAUUGGAAAAGGAGGGCCGAAUGGCUUGUCCUACUAUUCCAUAGCCUUUAUUGAUUUUCCUCAAGUCAGUGUUCAUUUGAUUGAGACCCAGCUAUGUGAGUGUACAGUGAAAGAGAGAAUGAGUGGAGAGUAUUGAGCUCUGUUAACUGAGGGCGGUUGCAGAUGCCCAGUAAAGAGCGGGAGGAGGCAGGCAGUUCUCCAGUUUCAGGCCAGCUGCCGUAUGGGUGGCACACCACAAACCUGACCCACCUGGAUAGCACCCAGAACAAUGAACCAGUCUGAACUGACAACGGACCCGGUGCUCACUGCCAACAGCAGCCAUGGAGACUUCUUUCAUGGACGGACCUCCAACCACUCUUGUCCCUUGGGCUGGGGGCUAAAUGAAGGCCUAGAGACUUGCGUCCUGGAGACUGCUGUCAUUGUACUUCUGACAGUGCUCAUUAUUGCAGGGAACCUGACAGUGAUCUUUGUGUUCCACUGCGCCCCCCUACUACAUCAUUACACUACCAGCUACUUCAUCCAGACAAUGGCGUACGCCGAUCUGCUGGUGGGUCUUAGUUGCCUGGUGCCCACCCUGUCUCUGCUCCACUACCCAGCAGGUGUCCAGGAGCCCAUCACGUGCCAGGUUUUCAGCUACGUUAUUUCUGUGCUGAAGAGUGUUUCGAUGGCCUGCUUGGCUUGCAUCAGCGUGGACCGCUACUUGGCCAUUACGAAACCACUAUCUUACAACCAGCUGGUGACACCAUGUCGGUUACGAGGCUGCAUCACCCUCAUCUGUGUCUACUCGAGUCUGGUUUUCCUGCCCUCCUUCUUCGGGUGGGGUAAGCCAGGAUAUCAUGGGGACAUUUUUGAGUGGUGUGCUCACUCUUGGCCAACUUCUGCCCUUUUUACAGGCUUUGUAGUUUGCCUGCUCUAUGCACCUGCUGCACUUGUUGUCUGUUUCACCUAUUACCACAUAUUUCGCAUUUGCCAGCAGCACAACAGGGAGAUCAGUGAACGACGAGCACGUUUUCCCAGCCAGGAGAUGGAGGCUGGUGAGGGGAGUGGCAGUGGUGGGCAUCAGGGAGGGCACGGACCGGAUCGACGCUAUGCGAUGGUGCUCUUCCGCAUCACCAGUGUUUUUUAUAUGCUUUGGCUGCCCUACAUCAUCUAUUUCAUGCUAGAGAGCUCCCAUGUGCUGGCCAGUCCUGCCAUUUCCUUCAUCACCACCUGGCUGGCCAUUAGCAACAGCUUUUGCAACUGCGUUAUCUACAGCCUCUCUAAUAGUGUUUUCCGCCUGGGCAUGCGUAGACUCUCGCAGACAAUUUGCUCUUUCAGCCACUGUGCAGCCGAUGACAGGGAUUUUGUGGAGCCUAAACCAAGGAAGAGGGCAAACUCCUGCUCCAUCUGAAGGUGUGACUUCUACAGGAUGAGAACUCUCCUGGAAUCUAUCAGUGGAAUCUUAACAGGCUUAGCAGCUUGUUAACUUUCCCGGUUAAACUGGCAGAAACUAAACAGAGAAUACUUUCUGUUUACUGACACUAGUGACUUUGCUUUGGUCCCAAUUAUCCAUCGUUCAUUGCAUUACCAGGUUUUAAGAUUCGGGUGUAGUGUCUAAACAGACAGAGUUAAUGAGAGCUUGGCACCCAGUGAUGGCUUUUAUUCUAUGCUAUGCGACAUAAGUGUUGAUCAGAUAGAAAGUAGUCUCCCCAUGGUUUUCACAGCUUAUAAGUCAUUAACCACCUAGUUAGAAGGAAAACUCCACAUUCUAUCAGAUUCUAAAAACAAUCCUCAGACAUCAAACUUGACUCACUCGAUUUCAGCCCUGUGACAUUUUGUUAGUGUUUGUCAAUCCAAUUGACCUUCUACUGGAUGUCCCCUCAUUUUCUAAUGUAUGCCUGUCAUUAGCAGAUACAAGACAAAUUACACUUACACGUGCUCAUAUACCUGUUUAAAGAUUGUAAAUGCAUAUGUGAAUUUGUAACUGGACGAACACACAAAGCAACAAUGAUAACAGCCAUUAUGCUGCUGAUAAAUAUCCAAUUGUGUUUGGCCUUGACUGUUCAAGAGAAAAGUGAAGAAUUAUUUUUCUGCUAAGGUAUUUGGAAAAUAUUCAUGAUGCACUGGUCAGGUAUUUGGCCACUACUGAUAAAGUCACCAAUCUGACAGUUGGUUGAAACUGACUAAUGCUGUUUACUCAGACCUUCUGCAAAACCUACUAAAUAAUCAGUCAAUGAACAGCCGUCUUCAACAGUAAGAUGUCUAGUAUUGCUCUGCGUAGAUAGUUGUGCAAAACUUACCACUACAUGACCACAUUCGGGCCAAGGACUGUAAAGCUUCAGAGAGGAGUUGUGAAACCUUUAAAUCAGUUAAAAUCACCAAAACUGUACAUAUUUACAGAUCUAUACUAUGGACAGUCACGUUUUUUCGUACAUUUUAAAACAUUGCCUACCGCAGUAGUGUCACCUGGGUCAAAUUGUCCACAGGUGAAGCUGCUUCCAUUGUUUACCAAUUUAGAUAUAAGAUGGUUAUCGUUGGUCACCAAUUAAUUGGUGCAUCACAGAAAAAAAGCACCUUAUAUGCCUGGUUUCACACAAACGCGUCUGUAUUGAGGACCUCGAUACAGAGGCGUGAGUGUUGAGGGCAAUGAACUAGCCAGCACAGUGUUUUCCCCCAAGGGUACCCUUUGGCAUAAAAUAGCUCAUCAGAGCCAGGGUUCCCACCAUUGGUGUGACAUUCCUGAUAUGGCUGUGUUAUGAGUAUUCUGCUAACAGUUUGAUGCAUGAGUGCUCAUGACAGCCAUUUCAAACCAGUAAAUAAAUAUUACAUCCCUCUUCCCCUGUGUACGGAGGGCCAUGUUCACUGGAUAGUGAACACAGGAUAGAACUGGCAAAAUCAUACGUUAUUAUCUAACAACAUUUCACAUUUUCAUUUUUUAAUUUGUAAUGGGAAACUUGCCUGUGUCACAUGCAGAUUAGGAUCAGUGCUUACCUGAAGAUGUAGCUUGGUUUGAGGUGCUUUGCAUCAGUGGCACGGUGUUGUCUUUAUUGAGGUUGAUGGUGGAUUUUAUUUCCUAGCAGCUGUGAUCAGCGGCUCAGGUUAAUGUGACCUGAUCUGUCUAGAGGUUGCUGUGAGGUUAACAUUUAACUGAUCAGAAAUUACAUGCUUAAUUGUUAUAAAGGUGUAAGGCUAUCAGCUUAUCUUGUGUUUGGUUUGUUUUGGUCUGGUGAAUGAACACAGUAUUUGGUGUGCACUCGUUACAUGGCCAAACCGAACUAGGAGUUUAAAAUUGGGGGAAAUAAUAGUGAAUUUGAAGCUGGGGUUGUUGAAAUGGAUAAAUGAAACAGAUGACUGUGCUGAAAAGAGCAAACUAAAGGUUUAGGAGUCCUUAACUGUUUGUGUUUUUUUGAAGAAGGGGAUUUAACUUAAUUCUGCUAUAAUAAAUAGAUUUUCUGUUCUUGUAGCUAGGAGACUGUUUCCCAACCCUUGGUCUUUUGAUGGACAAUGAGGAGAUGAUGUGUGCUGGUGAAGAAACCUCCCAGACUGCCUUUAGUUGUGAUUCUCACCCUUUGCUGCAGCACAGUACUAUAGUCAUUCCAGUCAAUUUACCUUGUACACAUUCCCUUGAUCAUUGGAUCAGUGUCAAAAUGUAAUUCAUUUUGCAAGAAUACAGCCACGUACUAUAGCCAAUGAUUUCUCUCUUUGCUUAUAUAGUAUUCCGUGCUUUAGGCCUUGCUUGUUGUGUAUAUUUGUCCACGCUAGAAACCAAGUGACCCUAACCCAGUCCCUUGAUAUUGUUACUGUUUUUCCAUUCUUUGCUUCUGAACAGUACCCAGUGUAAGUCACUUUAAAGCUGCAUUAAGUGAUUUCUUUGACCACUAGAGGCAGAAAGACUCUGAGCCUUUUCCUUAUUAUAUUUAAGUCACAUGUUAGCAAGCAAUUCUUAAUUGACACACCCAGCAGCAACCGAUCUACAUGAGCAUUCCAGUAGAGUCUUUCUGGCCACCUUAUGAAUGUAAGUAAAUGUUGUUUUCAAGCCAAUCGACUUUUGGGUUACUCACAUGCUCUAUUUUCUUCACCAGCUACUUGUUUACUUUAGCUCUUUGCUAUUUUGCAUGAGGUAUGUAACGUGCAGUCAACUUGAAAUAAUUAUGUGCUGGUAGUUGCUGCCCAUGGUUUAUACUGUAUGUGCCAGCAUUGGUUUGGUUUUGUUGGUUCAGACAACUGAGAAAACGGAAUCGUUGAGGUAAAAGCAGCUGUGUAAAGGGGUGUUGAGUCUCCGAGAGAUCAUCAGAAUUCAUCACCCUUUAACAUAAUCAGGAAUUAUUUGAUUCAUUGUUAAUAUUUAAAAAAAGUAUUGCUUUAUGCAGCUUUAAUGCAGUACAGAUUGUUCUGUAUACGUGCCUAAAGAUGUAUUUUUUAGAAAAAGUGAAAAAAAAAAAAGAUGCUGAGAAGUAAUUACUGUUACAUGGACAUGCUGCACUUUUUAAAAAACUUUUUCCAACUACAUGAACAUACCUUGUACAUAUUUGGUUUAUCAAGGUACAUAUGAUUUAAUUUUCCAUGACUUUGAGAUAGGGUUUACACUUAAACCAAUAAUAGGUCAAGUCAAUCAUUCAUCACAGUCAAACUGACUCCUGUGUUCAAGUGGGUUCAUGUUCUAUUAUCUGACAUCGACAUCAUAUCUGUAAGAUACGAGGAGACACCAGAUAUGUCUGAGUCUUGUGAUUUCCCUUUUUUACCUAUAUGACCUAAAGAACAACAGUAGGAAAUCACAGCCUAGCCUUGUGAUUUCUUUAUAUUCAUUUUGAUAGCUCGAGUUGUUUGUGCUCUUUUGGAGCAGAGUGCCGUGAGGUAGUAGAUGAGGUUCAUAGGGUCUAAAUUAGUGCUGUAUUAUAAUUACAGUCUGGUGACAAACAACAACACAACACUAUAUAUGAUGGGAAACAAAAUUCUGUGAUGACCUUAAAAUACAAUAGCUUGGUGUUACCAUAUAAUGUGCAAGUUGGAAUAUUCUAUUAAAGUGGAGAUUACAGUAUUUGGUCAGAUGUUGCACAAAUAUGCAUUCCUUUGUUUGGCUUUUAUUUUGUAGAAGGUUAUGUAAUGUAUGUGUCUUGGUUCAGGGUUUCAAAAAUCCAAAAGCCAUUAAUUGAAUAUUUAAAACAAAUAAAUUGUUAAUAAGUGUCUGUAUUACACUGACCGAACUGACAUGUUUAGAAACUCAAAACUGUUCAAACAAGCUGUCCUACUUUGAAGUGAAUUGAUAGGGACUUUUAUAUUAGAGAGAUUAGUAAAAAGUUUAAUUAAAGGUCAACAUGUAUUUAUUUAUUAAAUUAUGUUUAUACCUUUACGCAAUAUACUGUAUAUGGGUAUACUGUAUGUAAGGUGUGUGUAUGUUUUUAAACUGCUGUAUAGCCAAAAGACAAUUCUGAAAAAAAAAAAAAAAAAACUGACAAAGGUGUGGCACACCCAUUUGUGUUAAAUCAACUAGGCUGCUAAUGAUUUAAGUAGGAGGCAGAGUGUGUUAAAUUACACAGUAUCUAUUUUUUUAUUUUGAAAUGUUGUCAAAGGUUAUGGUUUUGCUGUU